GAAGCAGUUCAGUUAAUUUAACUUUCAUCUUCCUCGUCUGGACAGGCAGACACCAGUUUAACAUUUCAAAGUCUUCCACUUGAGGAAAGACAAGUACUUUCUUCUCUCUCCCAUAUUUCUGUUAUAAGGUGUGGGCAUAAGUCAAGACCCCUUCAUCUUUGAAUUUCCCAUCUUGCUUUUUACAUCUACUUUAUGUUUCUCUUUGGCUGCUGAGAGAAUGUAAGGAAUCCCAAGAAGACUUUUUGACUAUUCAUUCACACCGUUUUGGAACCAAAGAAGUGAUUCUGGAUCCUCAGAAACUCACACAAUAACGGUUUCGUGUUCCUGGGAAUCUCUGUUGGGAAGAUAGCAGAAACCCAGAGUUCAAUUCCGUUUUGGAGAGUUGUGGAGGUUGAGGAUUUUGGAUUGAUCUGUGCUAAUUUUCAAAGUAAAAAAGAGGGUGAUGACUUGUUUCUCUUGCUUGUUUAGCCAGAAGGCAGCUUCUUCAGUUAAACGGACUGUUGAAAUAGAUGAAGUUGUUUCAGGUAUUUCGAAUCUCAAACUGUACACUUACAAGGAACUGCGGAAUGCCACUGAAAAUUUCAGUGGCGAAAAUAAAAUUGGGCAGGGAGGCUUUGGCUCCGUAUACAAGGGAACACUCAAGGAUGGCUCUGUGGCAGCAAUAAAGGUAUUGUCAGGAGAUUCUAGGCAAGGGUCGCGAGAAUUUUUAACAGAAAUUGAGGUGAUUGCAAGUGUUAAUCAUGAGAACCUAGUUAAGCUAUAUGGUUGCUGUGCUGAAGGAAAUCACAGGAUAUUAGUUUAUGGCUAUCUCGAGAAUAAUAGCCUUUCACAAACUCUUCUUGGUAGAGGCCAAAGUGGCAUCCAAUUUAGUUGGCAAACAAGGUGUAAAAUCUGCAUUGGUAUUGCAAGGGGGCUCGCUUACCUCCAUGAGGAUGUUCAACCCCAUAUUAUUCACAGAGACAUUAAAGCAAGCAAUAUUCUCCUUGAUGAAGACCUCUCGCCCAAAAUUUCAGAUUUUGGUCUUGCAAAGUUCAUCGCUCCCAACUUGACCCAUGUUAGUACCCGUGUCGCUGGAACAGCAGGUUACUUAGCACCUGAAUAUGCCAUACGAGGUCAAGUGACAAGGAAAGCAGAUAUAUAUAGUUUUGGUGUUUUAGUCUUGGAAAUUGUUAGCGGCAGGUGCAACACAAACAGACGUUUACCGCCCAAAGAACAGUAUCUCCUUGAAAGGGUAUGGGAACUGCAUGAGAGAGGUCAGCUGGCGGAGUUGAUCGAUACUUUUUUAAAUGAAGAUUUAAAUGUUGAAGAGGCUUGCAGAUUCAUGAAGAUUGGUCUUCUUUGCACCCAAGACAAGCCUAAGCUCCGACCAUCCAUGUCUAUGGUUGUUAAGAUGCUGACAGGUGAGAUAGACGUGGAUGAGGAGAAGAUAGACAAACCUGGAAUGCUUUCUGAGUUCAUGGAUCAGAGAGAUUCAGCUGAAGUUAAACACUCAUCUUACUCAUUAUCACCUUCUGGAAGGGUUCUCCAAUCGUCAUCUUCCUCAGAACAAGUCACUACUUCAUUUGCUACCAUGACCUUCAAUUCUAUAUAUGACCGAACCAAUUAGGACUGCGAAGCAUCUUUCUGGUACUGUUUUGUUUGGUUAGGAUCCAUAUUAGUUGUUUACUUGUUUUGGAGACCAAGUGGCCAUAUCAUUCUUUGCUUUCCUAAGCUAUGAAAUAGCCCUUCAACCAUUUUGUAGGGUAACAGUAUUCAUGUAAAGUUUUAUAAUCACCUAGGCUUUAUCUUCUUUAGUCUGUAAAGAAAGUCCCGACUCCUGACUAUAUAAAGACCCUUACAUUCCUGCGUCUAUAUCCAGGUAUCAUGUAUAGAGACCUUCUCUUUUUGAUGAAUACUGUGUGCUAGAACCCAGAUUGAACUUGAAUGCAUG